AACAAAAACAAGUUUUCGAUGUUAAAUUUGGAUGUUUGUAUACAGAGGCAAACAGCUGAUAUUAUUGGUGUAUUUUCUACGAACAGCUAGAUCAUACGUUUUUCCAAAGCCAUGGCCGAGGAAUCCGUGCCUGUGUGUUUCAUUUGUCUCCAAGUCUCAUCGGAUGCAGUUCCAAUUAUGGAAGACGCAGGAACCAAUCAAAAUGAGCCAAGUAAACCUUCGUCGGAAGCAUUCUCACGCGGAUCCGUAAUCUCGAAGCACUUCUGGUUUAUGAUGGAGGAUUUACUAGGUGCUAGUAUUUGUUGCAAUUGCUGGUCAAAAAUCGAUGAUUUCCAUCAGUUUUACUGUGCUAUUGAAGAGACUCAUGAACAAAAACUACACUUUUCGAUUUCGUGCGUUAAGGAUGAAUAUGAAGAAUAUGUUGCCCCUGAGACAGAUCAAGGCUCGCAAGAAGCCUUACAUUACACAACUGCUGAUGACCACCAAGAUUACUUCGAUUCCAUCGUUGAAAAAAACGAUGAUGAGAAGGCUGUAACGUGUUCAAUAAAUGAACAAUCGGUAACGGUGAUUGAUACGAAGCUAGCGAAACUACGAAAACGCCGGAAGAAACCUAAACCUGUCGCUAGGAUAGCGAGAAACGAUGAACUGAUAGCCAAAUAUUGCAAUAUGCACUGUGAUCAAUGUUCGCUUGAGUAUACCAACUUCAGAGAAUUGCAGAAACAUUCUGCGUUAGUGCAUCAAACGCGUGCGUAUGUUUUCUGUUGCGAUCGAAAGUUCAACAAUAGGACCCGACUAUUCGAGCACAUCCAGCGACAUUUGAAUCCCGAGCGAUUUCAGUGCGAUCUUUGCAAGCGCAUGUGUGUCGAUAGCGAGAGCCUCAAGAGGCAUAAACUCAAAAUCCAUACUCCAGUCAAUGAGAGACAGUUCAAAUGCGAUAUGUGCCCGAAAGCCUUUGUUAGCAAAAUAACACUUGCUACCCAUAGAAACUACCAUCUAGCUUUAGAGACGAAAGAGUACCCUUGCCAGCACUGUGAUCGAUUUUUCGGAAAUGUAUCUCUUCUUAGAGCACACGAGAAAAAUCAGCACGCUUCAACAUUCGAGUAUGUUUGUGACACGUGUGCUAAAGGAUUCAACCAACGGGGCCCUUUCUUGCGACAUCUCCAAGAACAUGGACCAAAGGCGCCGGAGGAAAAGGUACAGUGCCCGAUUUGUUCCCGCUGGCUGCUGAAAGUGAGCAUGAACAAGCAUAUCGUUCGGCACAAUUCGCCCAGCUAUCGGUGUGAUUUGUGUGGCAAGGAAUCACCCAACGUGCUUGCUCACAAGAGCCAUAUGCGGUUCGCCCAUACGGACGCCAAAUUUGCCUGCACCAUCUGUGACAAAGUAUUCAAGCGAGCGCUGGCACUGAAGGAGCAUAUCGCGGCGCACAGUGGAGAAUCUCUCUACACGUGUCCCUACUGUCCGAAAACGUUCAACUCGAAUGCCAACAUGCACGCUCAUCGGAAGAAGAUGCAUCACCAAGAGUGGCUCGAGACGAAAAUGAAGCGAUUCGCAAAGCAUGAGUGAAUACAGUCAUAGGGCCUGGUUCUCGAAUACACUUCACGGUGGAAACGGAAUGAAACGUAUCCGCGAUGACAACGGUACGGUGUCGACAUCUUAUUAUUAUCAAAUUAUCUUCAGAUGAAAUUUUUGUAUGAGAUUAUUAUAUCACAUGAAGAAAACAAAGUUUCCCACUCACAUUGAAUACCAGUUUGAUACGAAGAAGUUAAUUUUCAUGAAUGUUUUUUUUAUUUGAAAAGUGCUCAUUCUGCCUGAAAACUCAUUAUUAUCUUCGACACUUCACUAACUCGUAAAACGUAGUUCAAUGGCGUGCCGUUUAUUUCGUUUCCACCGUGAAGUGUAUUCGAGAAUCAGUCCCAUAGUUUCGAUUUUUAAUUUUUUGGUAUCAGGACUCAGGACUAUCCAAACGGAAAUACCUCGUUCUGAUUGGUCGAAAUCGAAGAUACAAGCUUCCUCUUGCACUCUCAAUUAUUGCUCAGUCAUUUUUUGAUAGAUUUACAAGAGUUUUGCAUGAAUCAUUUUAGGCACUCCAUAACAAUUAUUUACAGUGAAAAUGAUUAAAAUAAAAUAUUUUAUGACACUACAGGCUUCAAACCCAAGGAGGCUGGGGAAAUCGGCAUUGCAAAUAUUCGCAAGUCUUGGGCAUUUCUAUAUUGCAAGUACCGUUUUGUCUCAUAUUCCGAACACUUAAGCUUUGAUGGGCAUUAAACAGUGUCUCAUUACUCAGAAUGGUACUUUUUCGCGAAAUUAGAUUGAUUUUUGGAUACGAUUGAGCCUUUUUUUUCAUUUAACUGCAAUAAAGCAGAUUUACAAAUACAUAUUCAUGGUAAGAAACUAAAAAAAUGUUUCAUCACAUUUGUCUCAAAUUCCGAACACCAUUUUUGCCACUGACUCAUAUUCCGAACACUUUUGUCUCAAAUUCCGAACAGCGAAAAUGCAUUUUUUUAAAAAAUCAUAACUUUUGAAUUACUCGACCGAUUUUUUUAUCGAUAUAUCAAAUCCAAGCCAAUUAGCUAGUCUUUUUUGGAAAAACAUUAUACUCACAAAAAUUGUAUUUUGUUUUUGUAAUAAGUGAUUUUAUUUGCUUUUAUAGGUUCUAUGGUUCCGCAGCCAGGGGCGCAAUAUUUUUAACAUUUUUUUUCUUGAGAGCUGAGGUUUUUUUCUACAUCUUCUUCUUCUCGAAUGGCGUUAACGUUCCCUGUGGAACUUUUGCCGUCUCAACAUAUGCAUUAACUAGCGUAAUUCAUUAAUACUUAGUUGAGAUUUAUUAAGCCAAAUAACACGCCUUGAAUGUAUUCCGAGGGGCAAGCUCUAGAAUACGCGUGACCACAGUGCAAGUCGAAGGAAAAUUCUUUGACGAAAAAUCCUCCGGCCAGAACGGGAAUCGAACCCGAACACCCGGCAUGAUAAUGUGAGACGCUAACCACUCGGCCACGGGUGCACCUUUUUUUUCUACAUAACAUAUCUAAAAAACAGAGAUGUGAUUUUUUUUUCGUUUUUGAGUUAUGAUUUUUCAAAGUUGAGAUGUUUUGGUUGCGGUAGCUUAUU